CUAACGGGUCUUACCCUUACCAUCGUUACCAAGUGUAGUGUAAUCCACUAAACUAACCUCUGCAGAAACGGAAGCCUGAUGUUAUAAGUAUGGCGACACCUUAUAGAGUUGCUUGAGGCCUUACAUUAUAGGGACUACUCGGACACGCACACUAACAACCGCACGAAAUAUGAUAUGCAAAAAACAAAAGUAACUGGUCUUUGGUGUUAGGUCGCGGCAAUACCGGCCGCCACGAAGAAUGGGUUGCGGAGCUUCAACACCUUCACAAGCAGUGCAGCAUGGAAGUCCUAUGCAGGCGAAGGACACUGCAACAAGUUGGGAGCUUGUGCGGUGUUCGCCAUCAGGGCACGAACUGUUCCAAAAGCACGGCAUACCACCGGAAAUCGCCAAGGAGUUUGUGGACAAGCUUGGCUUCCGCAAAACUCAACACCUAAACCUCGUUGUCGAGGAGGACAUAAAAAACCUCAAACUAGAGCCAAUUUUUGAAAGGCUGUUCUUGCGCAUAGUUAAUGACGCCAACAGCAGUCAUGCUCAACCAGCGUUGACUGCAUCUCAAGCUCCAACUACUCCAUCACCGGCGGCCACUACCGUGGUGGCCAAUGCCACACCUGCUGUACCUUCACCUGCUACACCUCAGGGGCAUUCCACCGGCUCCACAAAACUCAAGGAGCGGGUCCAGAAGGGGCUCGAGGUGGGCUGCAGCUUCUUGACCAAAGUCAAACCUAUGUUGCCAUUCCCUGGUGACAUGGUUGCUGGCGCGCUGGCCGUCUUCAUGGACCUCGUGUCCCAGGCUAUGGCCAACAAGGAUAACCUGACCAAGCUGCAGGAGCGGGCAGUGGACCUGUUUGACCUCGUCGUCGACAGGCACGUCCCAAACGCAGCAAUGAUGGUGGCUGGCGCUGGAGCGACGCAGCCACCGCAGCAACACCAGCAGAAGACGUCGGACGCGUACAUGAAGCUGAUGAAUCGGUUCCGUGACCUGCUCACGGAGCUCAACGAGUACGUCCGCGUGUUCUCCUCCCACAGCUGGCUUGUCCGCAUCAUCACCAGCGGCGGUGACCAGCAGCGGUAUGAGGACUACGCACAGCAGCUGCGCGACCUGACACUUGAGGCGCAGUUCGCUGUGGUGGUGGACGUGGCUGGCAUGACGGAGGAGAUGCGGGCAGCCAUGGAGGAGAUGACGCAACAGAUGGUGUACGUGGACCACAGCGCUGAGGUGCGUACUGCGGUGGAGGAGCUGGGCGGCCUGGAUGCCGUGAUGGCUGAUGAAGAUAAGAUCAAGGCGGUGGCGGAGAAGCUGGACAUGGGGCAGAGGCUGACCAUCAGGAUUAUGAAGCAAGGGCUUGCAGCCGUGAAAGCAAGUGUGGUGAAGGAAGGCGACAAGGGCUUUCACCGCCUGAUUGGUCACAUGGACCUGCGCGUUUUCUGGCACACCUUCUUCACUGGGGAGUGGAAAGUCCCCUGGCGCCUGUGGUGGUUGGGGUUCCCGAGUCGCCUGGAGGAGGUGCACCUGGAGCCAAGCUACGUCUCAGCGUUAUGCAACGUGUUGGAGAGCGAUCAGGCAAAGCAAGCGUUCCAGCAACGUGUGGAGCAGUGGGACCCGGACAACGUCAGCGUGGACGAGAUCCAGUUGGCCUUCCCACAACCGGACGCUGACCUGCUGCAGAUCGUGCGCCAGCUCACAACCGGCAGCAGUGGCGGCAACACCAUGGCUGGCCCUGCACCUGGCAGCAGCAGCACACCUGGGCAUACCACCACUGGAGUGCUGCAACUCACAGCAACCAGCAGCAGCGAGGCGGCCCCAAGCCACACCCAACAUGAGGCUAUGGCGAAAUGCCGCCUACCACCACUUGAUUCGUUGUACACGGGCCGUGACACCGAUGCAGAGCUGGUGGUACGGUUGGUGAAGGAACAGGCUGCAGCCCAACGCGGCGUGUGCCUACUGGGUGGUGCUGGCCUGGGCAAGUCCAGCCUCGCGGUGGAUGUGGGGUGGAGGUUGGCCAGGGAAGGAGUGUGCCCAGGGGGUGCAUACUUUUGUGACCUGCGUGAGGCGCGGUCCGUGGACGAUGUGUUGAUGCGCAUUGCGCUGGCGGUGGAAAGUGUCAUCACGGGUGACGACACCCUUCUCAAGUUGCUUGCAUGGUUGCACGCCACCUCGGCUAGCUGUGGUGGAGGCGUGUUGCUGGUGGUGGACAAUGCCGAGGACGUGCUGCAGGCAGAUGGAGGAGGCAGUGAGAGCUUCAGAGACGCCAUGGCCCAGGUGUCCACGGCUGCAAUGGUGUUGGUCACAUCACGGGCACCCAUGUCCACAUCGUCAUCUGGCAGUAGCAGCAGCAACAAGUUCAUUGACCACCCGCUACAUGGUGUUGAUGAUGGCUCCAGCCGCCAGCUAGUCGCCUCACUGUGGGGCGAUGCCUCCCCUCUGGCAGCGGGUGAUGUGGACGCCCUGCUGGAUAUGUGCCAGGGGGUGCCACUGCUGCUGCGCACAUGUGCUGAUGCGUUGGCACAUGGCAGGGUCACACUGGCGGUGUUGAAGGCUGCGCUCACCAACACAAACAAUGACAGCACCACCGCCCUGCACCUCGCCUUGGCAUCUCUGCCGCUAUCCCAACAACUGCUCCUAGCCCAGCUCUCCGUCUUCCCGUCCCAAUUUGAUGAGACAUCCGCCUCAAUGGUGGUGUAUGGUGACAGCAGCGAUGUGUCACGUAUUCGUGCCCAGCUUGCGGUGUUGUACAGCCAUGGCUUGGUGUUGCGCAAUGUGGCCCGCAGCACAUACAGCCUGCACAUGGCUGUGCGCACCACUGCAGCGAGGCUGGGCGGUGGGUUGACCUCUGCUGCAACAGCAUCAGAACCAGCUGUGGCCAGUAAAAGUGCUGCCAGCAACAGUCAGCAGAAACAGCAACAGCAGUUCUCCAGGGCAUUGUCCUGUGCCCGUGAGCGGUUCAUGGGGCAUAUCAUGGCUGCCUUCACAGAAUGGGGGCAGUUGUACAUGACACCUGAUGCUCUGUUGGCACUGCGCUUAGCACGGCAGCAUGCGCCCGACUUCUUGGCAGUGAUACAGAUGGCAGCAGCAGAGGCAACAACAGCACCCAAGAUGUUGGAACUGGUGCUGAGGUCUACAACUUGGCACUUGGAGUCAUUGCUGUUAGAUGUGGGUGGUGUCCUGACACCCGCUUUCUAUGAAACCUGGAGCAGUAUGGAGACUGCAGCCAAUGAUCUUCAAGCACCUUGCCUUGCCAAUUUUUACUCAAUGUUGGCUGGAGAGGCAGCACACCAGCAGGCUCUGGAGCUGCGCACCAAGGUGCUGGGUGAGGAGCACCCUGACACCAUCAGCUCCAUCAGUAACCUGGCCAGCUGCAUCAAUGCCCAAGGCAAGUACAGCGAGGCAGAGCCCAUGUACAGGCAGGCGCUGGAGCUGCACACCAAGGUGCUGGGCGCAGAGCACCCUGACACCAUUAGCUCCAUCAAUAACCUGGCCAGCUGCAUCGAUGCCCAAGGCAAGUACAGCGAGGCAGAGCCCAUGUACAGGCAGGCGCUGGAGCUGCGCACCAAGGUGCUGGGCGCAGAGCACCCUGACACCAUCAGCUCUAUCAGUUACCUGGCCAGCUGCAUCAAUGCCCAAGGCAAGUACAGCGAGGCAGAGCCCAUGUACAGGCAGGCGCUGGAGCUGCGCACCAAGGUGCUGGGUGAGGAGCACCCUGACACCAUCAGCUCCAUCAGUAACCUGGCCAACUGCAUCGGUGACCAAGGCAAGUACAGCGAGGCAGAGCCCAUGUUCAGGCAGGCGCUGGAGCUGCGCACCAAGGUGCUGGGUGAGGAGCACCCUGGCACCAUCAGCUCCAUCAGUAACCUGGCCAGCUGCAUCUAUGCCCAAGGCAAGUACAGCGAGGCAGAGCCCAUGUACAGGCGGGCGCUGGAGCUGCACACCAAGGUGCUGGGCGCAGAGCACCCUGACACCAUCACCUCCAUCAAUAACCUGGCCAGCUGCAUCAAGGGCCAAGGCAAGUACAGCGAGGCAGAGCCCAUGUUCAGGCAGGCGCUGGAGCUGCGCACCAAGGUGCUGGGUGAGGAGCACCCUGGCACCAUCAGCUCCAUCAGUAACCUGGCCAGCUGCAUCUAUGCCCAAGGCAAGUACAGCGAGGCAGAGCCCAUGUACAGGCGGGCGCUGGAGCUGCACACCAAGGUGCUGGGUGAGGAGCACCCUGCCACCAUCAGCUCCAUCAAUAACCUGGCCAGCUGCAUCAAGGGCCAAGGCAAGUACAGCGAGGCAGAGCCCAUGUUCAGGCAGGCGCUGGAGCUGCGCACCAAGGUGCUGGGUGAGGAGCACCCGGACACCAUCAGCUCCAUCAGUAACCUGGCCAUCUGCAUCGGUGACCAAGGCAAUUACAGUGAGGCAGAGCCCAUGUACAGGCAGGCGCUGGAGCUGCACACCAAGGUGCUGGGUGAGGAGCACCCUGGCACCAUCAGCUCCAUCAGUAACCUGGCCAGCUGCAUCUAUGCCCAAGGCAAGUACAGCGAGGCAGAGCCCAUGUACAGGCAGGCGCUGGAGCUAUUCACCAAGGUGCUGGGCGCAGAGCACCCUGACACCAUCAGCUCCAUCAGUAACCUGGCCAGCUGCAUCGAUGACCAAGGCAAUUACAGCGAGGCAGAGCCCAUGUACAGGCAGGCGCUGGAGCUGCGCACCAAGGUGCUGGGCGCAGAGCACCCUGGCACCAUCAGCUCCAUCAGUAACCUGGCCAGCUGCAUCUAUGCCCAAGGCAAGUACAGCGAGGCAGAGCCCAUGUACAGGCAGGCGCUGGAGCUGCACACCAAGGUGCUGGGUGAGGAGCACCCUGACACCAUCAGCUCCAUCAGUAACCUGGCCAACUGCAUCGGUGACCAAGGCAAUUACAGCGAGGCAGAGCCCAUGUACAGGCAGGCGCUGGAGCUGCACACCAAGGUGCUGGGUGAGGAGCACCCUGGCACCAUCAGCUCCAUCAGUAACCUGGCCAGCUGCAUCUAUGCCCAAGGCAAGUACAGCGAGGCAGAGCCCAUGUACAGGCAGGCGCUGGAGCUAUUCACCAAGGUGCUGGGCGCAGAGCACCCUGACACCAUCCGCUCCAUCAAUUACCUGGCCAACUGCAUCAACGACCAAGGCAAGUACAGCGAGGCAGAGCCCAUGUUCAGGCAGGCGCUGGAGCUAUUCACCAAGGUGCUGGGCGCAGAGCACCCUGACACCAUCCGCUCCAUCAAUGACCUGGCCGACUGCAAAAUACAGUGCGGCAGAGCCCAUGUACAGGCAGGCGCUGGAGCUGCGCACCAAGGUGCUUUGCGCAGAGCACCCUGACACAAAAAAAGUGCCCAAUUUCUGAAACUUUGUCUGGAUGCUAAGAGUGAGAGUAGUGGAUAGCAGUUGGGCUUUGGUCUGAAGUAAUGACUCAAAAUUUUUGACUCCUGUAAGAGAUUGGGCUUGAGGUGCACAAAGGCCCUUAGCGGCAGCCUGCAUCUGGGUAUCAGGCAUGUGGUGUGGGUGGUGUGACGCAGGGAUGUUGUAUAAUGUCCUUCUGCUGCAAUUGCUGUUCUAGCUGAUGACUGACCUUACGGGUUACAAUCCAUUGCAUCUCUAUGAUAAAGUUGGAAAAGAUGCUGGCCUAGUUGAGCUCUGGGCCAAGAAGACAAGGGCGUUUGGCUACAGGCAGUGGCUUUGUCAUGGCCAAAGGCUGACACUGGGGGAUGGUGGUAUGAUGUACCUAUUAUUAUUCUGUUGUGUAGAGAUGACCGCCUUCCGCUAAGGUUCUUGCAUCGUGCCUUGGGCUGGCCCUAGCUGACAUGAUAACUUGUAACAGUUAUUGCUCCUGUGUGGGAGGUUACCCGGUUCAGUUCACCAAUGCUACUAAGGGUGUUGAGUUGGCCUGGUGUGGUAGGGGCUUUCCUCCAGCACAUGGACAUAUUUGCCAGGGCGUCGGGUCACCACUUGAACUUGGAGAAAUCAGUGCUUUUGCCUAUUGGAGUUCCGUUGGGUGCUGAGGGACAGCAGGUUGUUCAGGGUGUGUCAGUUUAAGGCAGUGAUGCUAAAUGUGCCUUUUACUAAUUCGGAUACAGCUCCAUGCCUUGACUGGAGCAAAUGGUUCCUAGACGUGGAGAGCUGCUUACAGAAGUUGGCUGAUCUUCACCCUUUCCAUUUCUGUUAAGGCUAGCUACCAGCGCAGCUGCAUAUGCUCUGCAAACAGCCACUUGGCACAUGGAGCAUUCAGGCCUGCCGCCGAGUGCUCAGUUGGAUAGUUUAGGGAAGCAGACUGUUAAGUUUAAAAAUAAACACCAGGGUCCGCAGGAUAGGCAUGCUAUGGGUGGUCCGGGAUAGGCUGUUUGUAUCCCUGGCAGCAUGCUUUGACGUUGUUCCUUUGGCGUUUGCAUCCGGAUUUUGGUCCCCUAGCGCUACAACCCUGUCUGUCAUAUAUCUACCGUGUAUUAUUAUCGUUGUUAUCUGGGGAGCUGGUAUUGUUCCUUUGUGUGUGGGGUUGACAGGUCAGUCAGGUGUACUAAUUUUGGAACACCACUACCCAGUCCUAAUUCAUAGCCAUGCCCUUUGUUCCUUGGUAAUGGGUGUGGCUGCUUUGGCUCAACAGGUUUGAGGACAGGUUUGAGGACAGGUUUGAGGACAUGUGGAUUUCAGUGUUGCUUGUUGCAUGGUGUGUCAAGGGAUACUGAGGACAGGGCUAUGAUGUGAUGCUGGUCUGUACUAGUACGUUUGACCCAGCUUCUUCUGCUCCCUGUGCUCUUUGUUACCUGCCUAGGUGUUGUGGUCUCCUGCUGUCGCUUGAGACCUUGUUGACUGAAGUGCCUGUGGCUUGGGUGGCGGCUGUGGAGGUAUUCUUGUUGACGACUUGCCACCCAUCCUCCAUUGGCUAUUGAGAAUGCUUGGCAGGUUUAUUUUGGUUCCCCACUUGGGGUGACAGUUAGCUCACGGAGUUGUUCCUUUGGGGACUCUGUCUGUUCGUUCGGAUGUCCAUGGUAAUUCAGUUUGGGUGUGUGUUAGAAGGAACGUGCUGUGUUGCAUGUGGCCCUUAUUUAGUAAGCUAUGGAGUUACCUGCUACCCAAGAGCUUCCUGCAGGCGUUCUGGAUGGCCUCCAGGAUUCUUUCCAGCACCUCUGAAGACGUUAAGGAGAAGCCUUGCCUUAAGGAAACGUUUUGGUGUUUGUCCAUGGAUGAAAGUCCCUCGCUUGGGAAUUCUCAUAUGUCUAAGGCUUCUCCUGAUCGUUGUGGGCUGUUGUUUCGGGGAUGUAUCCACAGUUGCAUUGGCCUGUCCUGUUGCUCGCGCUGCCCUCACCCAGGUUGAGCAGAUUGAGGUUCCUAGAGUUGCUUUGUGGUUGGCAUCACCUCCCUCGGGCGUGCAGCAUUGUUUUGGGUAUCUUGUUAUCCUGGGUGCUUUGUCUGCUAUGGAAGAGGGUCGGCGGGCUCGUGUGCGUGAGCCUGGUUCUGCGGGUGUCAUGCCUAGGCUCGCUGAUCAGGCUGCCCUGUCCGCUGUUUCUUGGUUUUGGGGUCAGCUCCAGGAUUUUACUUGCCAGUGUUUUGCUGGCCCGGUGUGUUAUCGUCUAUACGGCAUGUUCUGUUUACCUUGCAGUGUAGGGUGUUCCCUUUUGGGGAGCCAUUGUAACGGUCAUUCACUCA